AUGGCCUUCUCAUCCAAGACUUCAGGUAAGUCUACUUUUGGUGUUGAGCUUGAAUUUCUCGUUUUAGCCCCUGGUGAGUACCGCUAUACACCUCAUCAUGCUGUGUUUGAGAUGCUUAGGGAGAAAGUAACCCUUCCUUGCCCGUUCAACUGUGAAAAGGGCGAGCACGACCUCAGACUGCCUGUUGACGAUGGACCGCCCUCCUAUUGGGAAUAUCACGACGAAGACAAUAAUUAUAACACCUGGGUUGUUACUCGUGACUGCAGUGUCAAGCUUACUAGCGAUGAGAAGGAACUCUACCCUGAUGAUGCUGUGGUAAGUGAUGUGGAGAUCCCCUCCCGUAUCUUGGACUUCUUCAACCCGAGCCCCUGUCCGCACCGUCAGGUUUGGCCUUGCAAUGGUCAGCCUCUCAUGUGGUACUGGCGUGAUGAGGUCACUGCGAUUAUCAAUACCCUCAAGCAGAAGUGUAUCAAACCUGGCUUCAGAAUCUUUACCAACGAGACUUGUGGAAUGCACAUUCAUAUUGGUCGUGACAAGUCUGGCUUCAAUCUUGCCACUGCCAAAAACGUGAUGGGUAUCUUUACUGCCUAUGAACGCUGCUUUGAUUCUCUACUCACUAUUGACAGGAUUGCCGGCUACGAAGACGAUCACGCUGCCUUGCCUGCUCUGAAAACAGUCGACCCAAACAGCUCAAUUACCCCCUGGACAGCCUCCGCUGGUUGGAAAUACAGUCUGCCCCUAUCCAUCCGCUUUCUCGAACACCUAGGUCAUGACUUGAUGACUGCCUAUGAAGCGCACAACUUCNUUCGACUGGAAAAACUUGUCAAACGCGGUGCCUCUAUCCCCUACUGGCUGCACCGCCUCGACUCCACCACCACCUUUGCAGGAUUAGGUUUGUAUAGCACAGCACAUCAAUCAUCAGUAAACCUCGAGCACUUGGUCCACAACCACACCAAAAAGCCCACCGUAGAGAUCCGUUUACAUCCCGGUACUCUAGAAGUAAGUGAGAUUCUUGCAUGGAUAGAUUUCUUGUGCAAUUUGUCGGUUUAUGCUGAGACUAAUACCACUACUGCUGUAACUGCUACCCUUGAGUCUACGUAUGCAAAUCCCUCGCUGUCGAUUGUGGAUAUAGCAAGACUGGUUAAUGCUUCUCCAGCCACCAUUACUCACUAUACCAACAUCCUCUCUGCCGACUAUGCCUCGCAACGCUUCCAACAAAACAAUUCUGUUCAGCCUAAAGACUCCCUCACUGCUCUAUACACUCACAAUCUAACCGUCACAGCCACCCAAACUUCUGCUUCCGCCAUCUCUGCCCGCAUAACUCAGAAACUGAUCUCUGGUCGCUAUGGCCAAUUUCCUCUCUCCUUCCUGAAAAAGUCCNUUCCUGAAGAAGUCAAANAGGCAGCUGACAAGGAUGCAAAGUACUUAAGCAACGAGAUGGACGAGCAAAGCUUAGAAGACUGGUCUUCUGUAGUUGAAUCUGUGGUUGGGAAAGCGUUGCAGAGGAAGAAUGGUCUGGGUUAUUGA